AUGCAAGUCCAGCGAAAGAAGCGACCAAGCCCAAGGCAACAGGGGUUGCAUCCAGAUCCUAGGUAUUGCUGGGUGGGUUGCCAAAGUAGUACGACUAUAAAAGACGCGGUUUCGGAGAUGCAGCAACUUCAGUCGGACUUGAUUCGAGCAAUGGAUCAACUUGAGCUAAAACUUGGUGCGACUCGUCCACUCCAAGAAGCAAUGAGUAGUGUGCUGGAUGAUGAAAUGAUCCCUUGUCUGGGAGAGCUGAAGUCCAUAGAUGAAGCUGCUCUGGAGGUGUUGCCAUUAGUAAGAGAUGCAAAUCAUGUACCCAUUGGAGUCGUACCCAGCCCGGAGUACCUCAAGGAGUUGGAAGAACGUUGCUUGAUCUUUAGAACUACGGAACACCAAACCGAGUUUUUUGCAAAAAAGAUUAUGAAGGCCUACAAGGAUGAGUAUCCGGCUGUGGUGCUGGAAUUGGAGGAAGGGGUAACCAGUAACACAGUGGAGUCUUGUGGCUGUCUCUACGUCCAUAUCAACUUCAAGGUCAAGGACGUAGAUGGAUCUGUCCAUCUUUUCUUUGCUGAGGCAACUUUUGAUUAUGACCCUGUAGUGUUGUCGCACUGCAUCCUCGAGCGUGGAGAUACUGGUGGUUAUGACCAUUACCAGAAAGGAUGUGGAGGUUGUGAUCCUGAUGCUGAAGUCCCAAUAUACCACCCUCGUAGAGAUUACCUGCAUGGAUACUAG